GCAGUACAGAUCUGCUGAGAGCUCCAGAGCACAGCUCCUCCACAGACCACAGCCACAGGGCUCCCACUGCAGAUCAGAGGAAAACCUCACACAGAAAUAUAGACCAGAAGAGGAACUGCCUCCUCACAUGAGACCAUAAGGCAGACAACAAGACAAGAAAGAGAAAAAGUGAUCGGGGAGAUUAAAAGGAGGAGGCUCUCAAGAUGUCAGAUCACAGAUACCACUGAAACGGAUUCUCCUUUUCAACAAACAAGUAUCUACACUAAAGUAUCAUCUUCUAAACAGCACGCCUUUACUGUGGAAAGACCUGGAAGAUUAAAACCUUUUCUAAUCUUGUUGGACGUUGGAGGAUACAACAUCUGUCCUGGUGAAGUCCUAGCCCCCAUCUGCCCCUGCCUCUAUUUCAGGAUGGCUGGCUGUACCAGCCGCUGCAGACAGGGGGUGCUCAAAUUAAUCCAGUCCCUGCAGAGAUUGGUCUCAGGAACCCUCACGAAAGAUAAAACAGAUGAUGAGCUUGAGAUGACUAUGGUGUGCCACAGACCUGAAGGUCUUGAGCAAUUGGAAGCCCAGACUAAUUUCACCAAACAGGAACUACAAAUCCUUUACCGCGGCUUCAAAAAUGAAUGUCCAAGUGGAGUUGUAAAUGAGGAGACUUUUAAACAUAUUUAUGCACAGUUUUUCCCUCAUGGAGAUGCAAGUAUGUAUGCGCAUUAUCUUUUUAAUGCAUUUGAUACCACAAACAAUGGCUCCAUUAAGUUUAAGGACUUUGUAAUGGGAUUGUCCAUACUGCUGCGGGGAACACUGAGGGAAAAGCUGGAGUGGACUUUUCACCUAUAUGACAUCAAUCGAGACGGAUACAUAAACAGAGAGGAAAUGACUGAGAUUGUGAGGGCCAUUUAUGACAUGAUGGGCAAAUACACCUACCCAGCGCUAAAGGGAGACGUCCCACAGCAGCAUGUGGAUGCCUUUUUUCAGAAAAUGGACAAAAACAAAGAUGGUGUGGUGACUUUGGAGGAAUUUAUUGUCGCCUGUCAAGAGGAUGAAACCAUGAUGAGAUCCAUGCAGCUCUUUGAAAAUGUGAUGUAGAACAAGAGGACAAUGAUGGGGAGAGUAAGACCAGAAAAUAAGAGGGCUUUAAGUGUAUGUGUUUGAGUACGUAUGUGCAAUACAUCCGGUCUCUCCUGCUGUUCUUACGUUAUCCAGCAUCAGUCUGGAUUCAACCAGAAUGCCCACAGUGACUCGAAUGAAGAGACUACACUGAGAGAAUGACUGAUUCCUAUUUUAAAACCUCAGAUUAUGCUUUUAGCAGUCAUUUGGAGUGACUUUUAUGACUGACGUGGACAUGAACACAUCACUCUCUACCCUUUCUAAAAGGUUUGCCUGAUAAAGAUGUUCCUACAUUACAAGGCGUCUUCUGACCAGCGAAGAGCUACCGUUCAACCAGCAGAUCUAUUUAUUUUUUGCCGGAAGAUGUUAUUUAUUGCCAGAAUCAAACUGCAUGCUUUUUGCAAGAGCUUUUAAUUUUUCUCAAACCAUUUCGUUAGAUAUAUCAGAGGAAUUUGGCCAUAAGGAGUCGCAUAUUUCAUGCGUCUAGUGGUUGACAAAUAUGAGUCAUGUGUCAUUUUCGAUCCCUGUGUUUCUGUGUGGGCCUGGCUGUUGCUUGCUUGCUGAAUUGACCUGAAGCUUGUCGUUAGUCUGUCUGAUGAUUGUAUUUGGAAAGUCAAACAAAUCAGAACCCUUUCAUAGGUCUUAUAUUGUACAUCUGUGUGUGGGUAUGGUCCGUCUUUCUGUCUAUGUGAAAAGUUUUAGUAUGAAUAAAGAGGAAACUGAAUCUGUUGUUUAUAUUUUCACCUGCAGCUUAGCUUCUUGUGGUUAAAUUGGUGUGUUGACAAACCUUAAACAUGUAUUGGUAAAAAAAAAAUAAAAUGUGCAGAAAAGUUAAAUUUCAUGAAGUGCCACACAUAGUUGACAAAUUAAUUAGAAAGUGUCUUGUUGCAGUGAAUCUAAAAUCUGUAUUUGCACAGGUGAAAAGUGGAGUUAGCAAUCGUGAGAAUAGAAACUUAUAACAAAGGUGCAUUGAUUUCGUUUGUAGGCAUGUAACUGCAAGAAACAUUCAGGUAGUAUUUGCCAGGAAACACACAUUGUGAUGACUCCGGGUGUGAUAAUAAUAAGAAAUAUUGCUGAAUGUAACCUUUGGAAUGUGUUAUUUUGAUGCCACUGAGGACAGCUCCAUGUGUAUUGGUGAACAUUUGGCACUGCCUCCUUUAUCCAAACCUAAUCUGUGAUGUCACUCUGAUGAACAGAUAUAGGACAAAAUAAGGGUGACUCAUGCUGUUUCCCACUUUCAUUCCAUGUUCAAGGGUGUGUCUCAAAGCACCACCAUAAUAGAAACCUCAAAAGGAAGCAGAAGUCCAUGCACUGAAAUAUUUAUCACUUUUCUUUCGACUGUAUUUUUUUACUUGAUGUUUUUUGCUGGACCUGCUCUUUGCUGCGUAGUACAUCAGCGUGACAUUACAGCCUGGGUUCUCUGUCUUGGAUAUUUUGGUUUGGAUCAGAGUUGUUUAAUGUCACAAACAGAAAAUUCAACAUAUUUGAAGCCAUGAAAUAAAUAUUCAGAUUUUUAAAUUGA